AGGGAUCGAACUUCGAUAUCCCGCUGUUGGACACUAGGAUUGGGUAAUUUCCGGCAACGUCAGCAUCGUUACAAAAUGGCGACUUCUACGCUAACUUUGUGUUUGCCACCUGGAUUUGUUGUUACCGUCAAAUAAGACUUUCGUGAAUAUAACAGUAGAUAUAAUUAUUUACUAUGAUCAGAUCUGCUCAUUUGAUGAAGAUUAAUCUUUAAAAAAUGAGCUGGUGGGAUUCACAAAACUUUUCUGACUUUGCUUCUAAUGCCUUGAAAAAUGCACAGAAGAAAAUUGAUAAAGUACUUGAUAUUCAAGAUGAAAACAGUAAACAAAAAGAUCUUAGAUCUUCAAAAAAAGAAAUCGAAGACUCCAGCUGGUCAACUUGGCUUCCUUUUGAUCAUGAGAAACUAACAUCACCUCGUAGUUCCUGGUCUUUGCCAUUUGGCUUAAAAAGCGAACCAGAAAAUGAUAGCUUUUUCACUCAGCAACCAAGUACACCUGUCACACAGCAAGCUCCAAAACAGACCAACUUACCACCCAUAUAUCCUUCAAGAAAUAAUUCUGCAAAAGACUUAUUAAAUCAGACACAAGAGACAAGUGAGAAAAUAAAAGGUGAAACUUCUCAGUGUACUACCUUGGAAGCUGAAACAGAGAGCCAUAAGGAUAAAACUGAAGUAGUCCAAGCAACUUUGGAUCCUUCAAGCAAAAAUAAAACUAAGAAAAAUGAAAAACACUCAUUAUUUGAUUCAGUAGAAAAUAAAUCAGAUUCUCCAAAAGAGGAUUCUUUUAUAGAUAUUUCUUCAAUUGAAUCCAAUAUUUCAUUUGAUAGUGAAAAAUCUAAUUUUGUAGAACAUGAUGAAUCUAUAGCAGAAAUUAAAUCUACCAUGGGUAAGGCAGUUCCUGAUUUUGAAGAAAUUUCAUCUUCAAAUACAGGCUCAUCAACAGAGAUUUUAAAGAGUUCUACAGAAGCAAAUAUUUCAUUUGAAGAACUAGAAUCAGAGGUGAAAAUUGAUAAUGAGCGAGAAAGUACACCUGCUUAUGAGAGUUCUCUUUUAGCAGUGUGUGUAAAUACUGAUUCUGAUAAUGGUGAGAGUCCACUACAGAUGAAAGGUUCUGAUUUUGAGCCUGCAGCCUCAAGAGACAAUAACAAACCUUCUCAUCAAAGUUUUCACUCUGAUCAGGAGAAUGUAGGGCUCUCAGAUUUAGAUUUACAAAAUUUUCAGCCUAUAGAAAUUGGAAAACAAACACUGGAGUCUGCAAAUGAUUCUCUUCAAGAAGAUGAAAAUGCUGAAAUUAGUAUAGUAAAUGAAGACCUCAAAACUGUUAGUGGUACUGAUGCUCUUCCCUGUGAUAACUCAAAUUUGAUGGAUAUUACUUGUGAAUCUUUAAAUAGUUUCCAUACUGUUAUCAGAUCACAAACAACAAGUGAUAAAACUAAUAAAUCUGAUGUAGUGGAAGUUGUUGAAAGCUGUGAUAUAACUGAAUUUACUCAAUCUGCCUCUCAGGCUCAAGUGGAGCCUUCAUCUUCAUUGGUUUCUGAAUCAGUUGAAGAUCAUUAUGACAAAACUCUUUCAGAAGAAGGAAAGUUACUAAGAGAUAAUAAAAAGAUUUUUAAAGGUGUAUGUGAAACUCCUAUAAAUAACAAACAACAGGAACUUGAAGAAUAUAGUCCAUUAAGUCCAAUUGUAGAGGUAAUUGAAGAAAGUUCAAACAAAGUAGAUUGUUAUGAAAGUAAAAUUGACAGUAGUGCUAAUACAAGCAGUUGUUCAUCAGAGACUGUUAUAGAGAAGGUGUCUACAAUAAUUGAAACUGAAGGAAAACAAGAAUUAGAAGCUGCUAGUACAGAAAGUAUCAUGUCUUCCUCUUCCAAUAGUUCCUACGUCAAAUGUCUUAUAGAAGAAGCUAUGGAAGAGGCUCGGUCUGAACACAGUGAUAGCCAUUCAAAUUCAGCUGACCGAUCAGAGAGUUCCAAAACGGAGUCUGAGCAUAAUAGUGAAAAGAGUGUCAGUGGUCAUGAUUCUGGUGAUGAAAUAGACACAACAACAUCAUCAGAUAUCGAAAUAAUAUCUACUCCAACCCCAAAUGGAGAACGCGGUGAGCGUUUGUUUGAUUUAUCUCCAUUACGAAUAACAUUGCACAAAAGCUUACGACGGCAUAGUCCUGUUCAUGCCCACCAACGAUCAGAUAGCCAGUCAAGUUCUAGUACAUACAGCAAAUGUGGAGAAUCCGAUCAGUUAAGUCCUGGACGUGAUAGCUUAGAACGACAAGAUCUAGAAUCUGGAGACGAGAGUAAAGAAGGUGCUACUCCUUCAGUUAAAGAAGAGCCAAAUAAUGAUAAAGAUUCACCUGAUGUUCCAUUGGAUGUUAAAGAUGCAUGUCAUCCGGAUAAAUUGCUUAAAGCGGAAUUGAACCCUAGACAAACAGUGGAAUUCUGUAAGAAACUGGCUGAAUUAUCUGAAGUCCUUCAACAUCGAGAGAAUAAGCUUGUUCAGCUGAGCCGAGAAAAUAAUGAUCUUUUAGAAACAAACAGUAUACUUCGGAACCAAUUACAGCAGUCUGAAGAGAUUCGAGAAACAGAACAAGCUGAUAUCCAUAUUCUCACAGAAGAGUUUACAGAACGGUUAGCAGAAUCCGAAAAGAAAGUACAGACUGUGCUCAGAGAGAAAGAGAGUUUGAAGAAACAGCUACAGAAAACUAUUGAAGAAAACACUCAAAACAAAUCAUUGGACUCUUCAUAUAAAGAUAUUCUGGAAGAAAAAGAAAAUCAAAUAGCUGAGCUUUUGCAGGAAGGUGAGAAAUUGUCGAAACAACAACUUCAGAGUAAUAACAUUAUUAAAAAAUUACGAACAAAAGAAAAAGAAAAUGAUUCUCUCAUUGCUUCACAAAAGAAAAAACUUGAAGAAUUAAAAACUGAAUCAGAUGAUUUAAAGGCAGUUUUGGAUUCUAAUGAAGACACUGGAAAGAAACAGUCAGAAACUAUUUCUAAACUGAAUUCUGCAUUAGUGAAGCAAGAGAAAGAAGUAACGAAAUUAAAGACUGACUUGGAUGAGAGCCAAGAGAAAGUUCGAGGCUUACAAGUUGCUUUAGACAACUCAUAUAAGGAAAUUGCUGAACUCAACAAAACCAAUGCUGCUCGUGAUAGCAAAGUCCAGGAAGCUGUACUCAGUGCAGAACUUCAAGUCCGAGAAGAGUUCAAUUACUCCAUGGAAAAAGAUCGUCAGAAGGCUAGACUUGAAAAAGAGUCUUUUAUAUGUCAAAUUGAAGAUUUGCAAAUUAACCUCAGCCGGCAAGAAAAAGAACACACCAGACAUGAGGAUUUAUUGAAGCGAGAAAUUUCUGACUUGCAGCAGAGAUUGCAAGAAGAUGAGGCCCGAAAUCAAGAUUUAACAAUCUCUGUAACCUCUGCUACUCGUCCUCUGUUACGGCAGAUAGAAAAUCUACAGUCCACAUAUGGUGCCCAGUCAUUGCUGUGGGAGAAAAGAGAAAAAGCUCUUACAGAAAGAAUCUCUGAAAUCCAGCAGCAGUUAGCUGUGGCUGAAGAAAAGGAAAAUAUUAGCAGUGAGAAAAUCCUAACAUUAUCUUCAAAAAUUAAAGCAUUAGAAACACAAAAUACCAGUAUGAGACAAGAAAAAUGUCAACUUGCAGCACAAUUAGAAAUGGAAAAAUCUAAAAGAGAAAUGCUGGAAGACAGCCAGAACAAUGCCACGUGUCAAUUGGCUGCUUUACGCCAACAAAUGUCCAAUGAGGUGAUGGAAUUAAAAAAAGAUAAGGUUUAUCUUGAAGCUCAACUGGAAAUUGAAAAAACCAAAGUUGACAACGAGAAGAAAAAACUUAUCCAGUCCCUUGAGCAAAUAAAAGAAAUGGAGAAAAACUUCUACAGUCGGGGAAGCCCUUCACCUAUAUCAUCCAAUCGGACUAGUCCUAAUAACCCUAUAGAAGCCACAUCAAUCUCAAUGACCAAUUCAUUAUCGGCCAGUGGCCUAUCACAGGAUGAUCUAGACAAAAGCUUAUUGUUUGUAAGCACAUCAGCUAGUGGAAGUAAAUCUAGCCUCUAUGAACAUUUACGUCAAGGAGGAGGUGGAGCUGCUAAUUUACUUGAGAAUCUACAGUCGCAACUGAAACAGAAAGAAGGAGAAAUAACUCAGCUACAAGAUGAUAUUAGUCAACUUGAAAGGACCAGAGAAUCUAUGGCUAGAGAACUGGUUAAUCUUUCAAACUUAAAUGAUAAUCUUCAAGAACAGGUAACAGAACUUCCAGAGAUCAAAGAAAAGCAUUCUGAAUUGUAUCAGCGAUAUAAUGCUCUUUUACAAAUGUAUGGUGAAAAAGUUGAAGAAGCUGAAGAACUGCGUAUGGAUUUGCAAGAUAUUAAAAAGAUGUACAAGGACCAAAUUGAUCAUCUUCUGGCCAAAUGACUAGAACAGGAUUACUCUUCACGAAAAUUAUUUACAUAAGAUGUCUGUUCAGCAGUUGAUCGGCAUGAUGCCAUACAUAUGGAUUAACGAAGCAACAUAUGAGAAUAUGUGAUCCACAUUUUACAAAUCUUGCUAUUUAGAGCAAACAAAAUGCUGUACAUGUUGUAUAAAAUCAGUGAUUAAAUAAUAUGUUGCCAUUUGGUAUGAAAUGAACAAUACGGGAUAAAGAUUGUUGUACAUUUUGGGAAAUGCCAGUAUAUAUAUAUGUAAUUAUUUUUUUCCUGAUUUAGUGUUUGUGUGUGUGUGUUGAGAGAGAGAGAGAGAGUGAGAGAGAGAAGGAGAGUGUGUGAGUUGACAUUCACUUAAGGGACCCUGGCUAUUUGUUUUAUUUGUUAUUUCAGUGCCUCUAGUUCUGAAUUCAAAUUUUCUUGCCUUACCUAUCAAGAUGAGGUAUAACUUAUGUGUACUGCAUUAAUUCAAUUGGCUACACUUGUAUCUUUUGUUUAAUCAAUGGACAUAUACAAAUGCACAUAUUCAUGAUACACACGUGUUAUAUAUAUAUCUACUUAUAUAUAUAUAUAUCUACUUUAUAUAUAUAUAUGUAUAUCUGUUGAACAUAUUUACCAUGAUUUACUAUGGAAGAAAGCUUUUAGGAAAUAUAAUUUAUUCAAAGGAUAACUUCAUCUUGUUAUGAGUAUGUUUAAACAAUAUAAAAUUCAGUAAACUGAUGACCAUUGGGGAAAUAUUAUCUGUCCUAAAUUGAGGAGUAAUCUGAAUUAAACAACUAUUUUGUGAAACUUGCUUUGUUAUUGUUA